AUGACCGAGAAAAAAAUCUUAGAAUAUGAAACCUAUUUGAAUGACGUUUUAAGAGAAGACUUAAAGUGUGUAUUGUCUCAGCGAGAGAAUCUUUGCCAAGAAGUUCUUGAUUUAGAACAAUUAAAAACUGUAAUUGAACGUUUACAAGAAGCAGAAUUAAAUAAAGAAACCAUUAAGACUAGAGUAGAUUUGGGUUGCAAUUUUUACGCUCAAGCUAAUAUCACUGACACUAAAUAUAUAUUUAUCAAAACUGGGUUGGAUAUUUUUGUCCAAUUUACAUUGGAAGAGGCAACUAAGUUUAUUGAUAAGAAAAUAGAUUUCUUGAAGAAGAAAAUUGAUCAUACUUUGAAGAAGAGUUCUGAGAUUAACGCUCAUAUACAGUUGAUUUUGCAAGGUUUGAGAGAGCUGCAACAUUUGACUUACGUAACUGAGACACCUAGGAGAGAAGUUUUGUAA